GGAUCUGGAUGGGAAUGUGUUGGAGGUGUCCCCAGUCAGCAGACUGUCAGCAGCCCUGAGCCCCCAUCCAGGUCCUGUUAUUGUGGAGCCUGAAGGAAGGCAGCCAGCCCCUCAUUUCCCUAGGAGCCCUGGCCCAGAGAAGGUGUGCCAGCCACAGAGUCCCAGGUAUACAGCCUUCCUGGCCAGGCCACUGAAACACUAUAAAUAAGACCAAGGACACAGCUGGCCUUGGCAGCAGCCCAACAGGAGGCAUCUGCCACUGAGCUGCCUGUGCCUAGCCAAAUCUAGCACACUCAGCAACAGGGAACCCUUGUCCCUACUUCACAGUGGCAUAGUUAGGCCACUCCGGAGGGAGGUAUAAGCUUUGGAGCCAGGCCUCAGGGAUGGGGCAGUGCUGGUGCUGGCCAGGCCAGGCAUGCAGGGUCAAGACUUUCUUUGAGCUUAGGUCCUGGGCCUGGGGUAGUGGGGAGGGCAUCACAAGGGCCUUGUCCUUUUCCUGUGUCUCUGGGUUUCUACUCAUCUGGGAAUGAAACACUUGAGGACAGGGACAGCACAUAGGAAAAAAGCUGUGAAACAGAUGUUUCAGGACUUUUUAUUUUCGAGAAGCCAACCAACUUGUUCCCAAGGGACCACAGCAUCCAGGUGGCUUGGCCACUCUACAGCAACCCCAGCCUAGCAAGUGGGAGCCGGUCAUGGACUCACUCACAGCUCCCUCUGCCAUCACUGUGACCUCUGGAAGCAGGCCACACCUGGCCCGAGGCUCCUCAGCUGGCCUCCCAGCCCAACACUGUCUCUCCUACUUUGAAUUUGGUCCCAUUCUUUGGCUCUUACAAGCCUCAAAAAAAUUUUUUUUGGUGGUACUGGGGUUUGAAUUCGGGGCUUUGUGCUUCCUAGGCAAGUGCUCUACCACUUGAGCCACAUUUCCAACUCUUGAGCUCCUACAAUUCCCAGUGUUGCCACUUCCUAGAGCACCAUCCUCUGCGUGACAAACUCCUAUUCAUUCCUCAAAUCCUGGCCCCUGGGACCUCCUUCCAAGUGCUCUCUGAGCUCUCCCUCUGGCCUGACACUAAUCUUGGGGGACUGGGAGUGUCUGGGUGCACCUGAUUCAGGGUGGGGACCCAGAGGCUGCAGGGAGUGUAGGGUGGGAGCUGGAAGGAGACCUGGAAAGGAACAGCUGUGGGAGAGGCGUCCUGGGCAAAGGUGGGGGUGGAGGUAGUCAGACCAGAUAAAGGCUGGGAACCAGAUAAGUGGACAGGAGGUGGAGGUGGCCCCAGGGUUCCCCUACUCUGGGUAGAGACAGGACAGAGGUACCUAUGCCCAACCAGGGUCACCCUCAGAAAGCCAGAGCCAGGCACAAGGUUCUGAUCUUACUAGUUACAUGGCCAGUUUCGUGGUCCAGAGUGGGUUAAAAGGUGGAGGACCAGCAUGUGUGCAGACAUCCCCUGCCCUCUACAUACCAGUGGCUCUUGAGUGCGCUCUGAUUGAUUCUCUGGUUUCAGUGCCUGGCCAGCCUGUAGAAACUGACUGAGAGUGGCAGUUCCUUCCCCAGGUUACACAGCACAACGGGUGGUGACUGGCUGGGCUCCAGUCCUGCCGGCGCUGGCUUAAUCGCUCCAGAAAUGCCCUCUGAGGUCACCGUUUAGGGAUGCAGGAGGCCAGGCUGUUAGGCGGCUGGCUGGGGCACCCCACUGCCUGGCAGAUGACUCUGGCCUGUUUUCCUGGACUACAGCAGCUGACUCAGGUCCCUCCUUCUCGUCCACCCUACGGGAGCUCCUAGGUGUAAAGCACUGGGCCCAGCUGGCAGGAAAGGGGGCGCGGCAAGGGACUCAACUAGAAGAUCUGAGACCUAAUCUGGGGUGCGCCCGAGUCCAGGGCGAAGCCGGUGGAUCCUGGCCCAGUGACACCCAAGGGGAGCUCUCCCCCUUACGGAGCGGAGCAGGAGGCUGGGAGUCCGGAGAUGACAGGGCCCAGGCCAGCAGGCAGAGGCGGGGGCCAGCUGCGUCACCGCCCGCCUGGCCCCCGCCCCCUACCCGCCCAAACUCCACCCCGAGGGAAGGCGGCGCGGAUAAAGGCUCUGGGGACGCCCGCUGGGCCUCAGACCGGCUCGGCCGUCGUGCUCUCGCCUCUGCACGCAGGUAGCUCGAAAUUGUGGAGACCCAGGAACGGCCGCGCCCCGGUGAGUGAGGGGCAGGUUCUAGCGAGCCUAGAGGGGUAGCCACUGUAGACUGCCCAAGGUGCUCCAGUUUUUUGUUCUUUGGGCAGGCAAGGCUCGAGUUGUUUCGAGCCAGAGAGAACACCCGUCUCCUCCCCGACCAAACCCCCUACCCAAGACUACGGUGGGAGGGGCGCUGCGCAGUAGGCACCGCCCUGGCGGAACGCAGCCCCCGCCCCGCCCCUCGGGACACUCCCCUUUCCCUGCCUGUGACCUUGAACUAGUUGUGGAUAAGCCAUCAGUUUCCCCGGCUCUUCUAAGUUAUCCUCGACACGUAGACUCUUUAGUAACCCAGCGAGUUUCCCCCAGGUCCUCAAUCCGUCUCUCCCUUGCUCUGCCGCGCGGCUCCCCUUCCCCGUGGCUCCGGGAAACGUUCCCAGGCGGGACCGAUAGAGGGCACGACGGCGCUGCUGACUCACCGCUGCCCCCGAGCGGCGCGCGGGCACACCCGGGGACGCCGCGUCACAUCACGGAUCGCGAUGGCCGUCUCGGGAAACGGGCCCGGCCUGGGGGGAUGGGAAGUUACGAAGGGCGGGUUGCUGGGACGCGAGGUGGCACCGGUUCGGGAAGGGCACACCCGACUGCUGCCACGUCACCAGGUUGCAGGACGCCGCCCCGGCCGGGGGCCCCGCCCAGGCUCCACGCCUUCCACCCACGGGGGAGAGGGCGGCGGACUAGCUGGUCCCCGCGAGCCACAAGGCCCGGGACCUAAGCCAUGGGGCGCCGAGAUCAUGCUCCAGCUUCCGCUGGUGGCUGCUUCCCGGACGGACGCCGUGGGGAGGCCCCAUGAUUCCUGCUCCUCCCGGAGCCGGGAACAAUGACCCACGUCCAGGCCUGCUCCACUUGGGGGACAGUAGAGAAAGAAGACCAGUAAUGGGACCAGGGUCCCGCACCCCUCUGGGACCGCCCGCCCUUUGUUGAGGCUUCCCGGCCUUAUGAAUGGCUCCUAGCGCGGGUGGGGGCCUACUCGGAGCGGCGCCAGCCUCGCCCCCACAGUGUUUCUAUUGGGUAUCCAGGAGGUGGGGGCGGAGCUAGGGGCGGGGCGCACUGCCACGUGGGGCAGAGCCACGGCGAUUCCCAUUGGUCUGGGAGCGCGGCCAUUUGGGCGCUCGGCGCGCGCCGAUUGGUCAGCACGGAGCCGGCGGAGUAAGUAGUGAAUGGGAGGGGGCGGCGUCCCCGCCCCUUCGAACGUUGCUACAUUAUAACUUUUUUUUCUUGUUACUUUCACCCCCAGAUCCUGAGAGCAGCGGCUGCGGCGGCUGUUGCUAAGGGAGGGGACGCGGCGGGUAGCGCGACCUGAGCGGCAUAAGCACCGAGCGCAGCGGGCCACGGUGCCCCCUUCUCUGGGAUCCGGGCCGCUCCGGGUUGCCGCCGGCCACCCUUCGCAUUUAAAGAAGACGUGAGCGCGGACCCCACCCCGGGGUGCAACCCAAGGAACCGACGCGACCCCAGGGCGCCGAUUGGAUUUUUUUAUUUCCGACUCACUUUCCAUCGCUGGGACCUUAACUAGGGGCACAAGCACUGCCCCCAUCCCCAAGCGCCCGGAAGGACGACCUUGGUUUGGGGGAGUCCCGGCCCAAGAGGCGCAGCGAGGAUUGGUGGCGCCUCACAGACCCUAGUGCCCCAGCGCGCGCCGGGGAUGGAGCCGCAGCCCGGCGGCGCCCGGAGCUGCCGGCGUGGGGCCCCCGGCGGCGCCUGCGAGCUAGGCCCGGCAGCCGAGGCAGCGCCCAUGAGCCUGGCCAUCCACAGCACGACCGGGACCCGCUACGACCUGUCGGUGCCGCCCGACGAGACGGUGGAGGGUCUGCGAAAGCGGCUGUCCCAGCGCCUCAAAGUGCCCAAGGAGCGCCUGGCGCUUCUCCACAAAGACACCCGGCUCAGUUCGGGGAAGCUGCAGGAGUUCGGCGUGGGGGAUGGUAGCAAGCUGACGCUGGUGCCCACGGUGGAAGCGGGCCUCAUGUCCCAGGCCUCAAGGCCGGAGCAGUCUGUCAUGCAAGCCCUUGAGAGUUUGACGGAGACCCAGCCCCCAGCGGCGCCCGGACCGGGCCGGGCUGGCGGAGGAGGCUUCCGGAAAUACAGAUUCAUUUUAUUUAAGCGUCUGUGGCACCGACAGGGACCCCAGAGCCCAGAGAGGGGCGGCGAGAGGCCCCAGGUCAGUGACUUCUUGUCUGGCCGAUCACCGUUGACCCUGGCUCUUCGAGUGGGGGAUCACAUGAUGUUCGUCCAGCUGCAACUAGCUGCCCAGCAUGCUCCACUACAGCACCGACAUGUGCUGGCUGCUGCAGCCGCUGCAGCCCGUGGGGACCCCAGCAUAACCACCCCUGUGUCCUCUCCCUGUCGGCCAGUGUCCAGCACUGCCCGAGUUCCCCCAGUGCCCACCAGCCCUUCUUCCACAUCCCCCUCACCUGUCACAGCUGGAUCCUUCCGAUCCCACGCAGCCUCUGCCACCUGUCCAGAGAUGGAUUGCUCCCCACCGGCCAGCAGUGGUGUGAGCCCUGGAGCCAGCACCACAUCCACCCCCCGCUCCCGCAAACCCGGCGCUGUCAUUGAGAGCUUUGUGAACCACGCUCCAGGGGUCUUCUCAGGGACCUUCUCUGGCACACUGCACCCCAACUGCCAGGACAGCAGCGGGCGGCCCCGGCGUGAUAUUGGCACGAUUCUACAGAUCCUUAACGACCUCUUAAGCGCCACGAGGCACUACCAGGGCAUGCCCCCCUCACUGACCCAGCUCCGUUGCCACGCCCAGUGCUCGCCUGCCUCACCAGCCCCAGACCUCACCCCGAAAACUACCUCCUGUGAGAAGUUGGCAGCGGUGCCCCCUGCCUCCCUGCUGCAGGGCCAGAGCCAGAUCCGCAUGUGCAAGCCCCCUGGAGACCGGCUGAGGCAGACAGAGAACCGCGCCACGCGCUGCAAGGUAGAACGUCUUCAGCUCCUGCUGCAGCAGAAGCGCCUGCGCAGAAAGGCCCGGCGGGACGCACGCGGUCCUUACCACUGGCCGCCCAGUCGCAAGGCUGGCCGCAGCGACAGCAGCAGCAGCGGGGGAGGAAGCAGCCCCAGCGAGGCUGCUGGCUUGGGCCUUGACUUCGAGGACUCCGUUUGGAAGCCAGAAGUCAACCCUGACAUCCAGUCCGAAUUCGUGGUGGCUUAGAAUCUGGCACUAUGGCUCCUCGAACCCCAGCUCUAGGCACCGACCGAGAGGCCAAAUGCAAGUGUGUGGGGCCCAGCUCUGGAGGGCAGGCGGUCACUUCCCUCCCCCACCCACCAGCCUUUUUCUUUUUAAAACUCUCACCCUGGUUGUACCUUCUGCGUUCUCCUCACGUGCCCACCUCUUCCUCCUUCACCAUCUCUGGCGGCCUCUGUGCUGGGUCCUUCCUCCCACCUUCCCCAGCUCCAAAUAUGUAGCAGUCUUUCCAGAUGGCUGAGAGCGGAGGAGACCAGGAAGCCGCCCCCACCCCUUCCAUUCUGCCUCCCCCCCACCCGAUUCAGGUUUUAACUCAAAAAUGUAGAUGCCUCAUUAUGCACUUUACAGAUGAGGGGAGGGGGCGGAGAGAAGAGUCCCCUUCUGCAGACCUUGGCCUCCACCCCGGGCCAGCAGGACCCAGUGGGCCACGGCACACAGAGACCCACAUGUCACUGGGGAGGAAUAGCCCACAAAGGGACUGUUUUCCACAUUUGUCUACUUUUCUCUUGGUCUCUUUUUCCAUGUGAAGCUGUUGCAGCAGUCUGGCCUUGCUGUCUUUGGUCGUGUGGAGAUACGGGACCCUUUCUUGUCUGAAAGGAAACUGGGAAUAGUCCUGGCCCACCCAUUCUGGUCAUCUGGCCAGGACUGUACUGUUUCCUCCACCGCCUUCCUGCCCCCUCCCUCUAUUUCCCUGACCUCCCUCCCGCCUGAGCUUGGGGACUAUUUAUAGACUAUUAAUUUUCUGACUGAGCCAAUAGUGGUUGGGAAUCUCUUGAAAAACUGGGAUACAAAUGGUGGGGGUGGGGUGACGCCCCCAUCCCUCUCCCUUCCGGUCCAACCUGAGGAGUGUGGACUGGGGUUCCUCACCUGCAGCCAGGAUGGGGAUGGGGGUGCUGAGCUGUGAAUGCCCUGAGUAGGGGCACCGCUGUGUAGCAUUAACCCCCCCCUCAGGGGGUGGGGUCUGCUGCUGGUCUAAUUUGGACCCUCCCCACUCAGUGCCCAUGCCCUGGGAGGUCUUUAGCCCCAGGAGCAGAGGGAGAGAGCCCCCCCUUACUAGGGCCAUUUCAAUG